AUGGCUCCCUUAAUCAACCGAUUUCCUGCGCCGUAUUCCACUUUGAAGCUCCGAUUUGGAAAGGUUGGAGAGAUUUUUUGGGUUUCAUGUUUCUGGUCUGUUUUCUUCUCUUGUGAGAUGUCUGCCUCUAUUAUUUCACACCGAUGGAGAAGAAGACGGCGAACCAUCGUCGUCGUACCUUCGUCUGUAAUUGAAGAUCCAGGUCUUCAUAUUUGCAACCGAUCAAAUAGGUAUUCCCAAAUACCCAUGAAAACUGACAAUCAGUGGUAUUCGGAGAUCGACGAGUGCAUGUGUCGACUUCUUAAUCACAAAAUCGGCGGAAGUGGUGGUGGUGGUGUUAUUUGGAGUAAGGAAUGGAAGGGUUCUGUAGCAGGGGCACAGAUGAAAUUUAAGGAUAAACGGCCUUAUACAAGCCAGGAAGGCCAAUGUUGUGGAUGCUACCCAAGGAUUGGGCAACAAGGAUUAUGGAAUGGAUAUUGCUGAGGCAUCAUGUCAAAUGCUUGAGUUUAUUAAUCAUUCCAACAUAAAGGCCACAGAUGACAUUACAAUUCAAAUUAGCAAUAAAGUGAAAAGAUGCACUUCAAACAAGAAU